AUGGCACUCGUUGAUCCCAUUGUUUGGAUUGACUGCGAAAUGACAGGGCUAGACCCUGAGAAGGACGCCUUGCUAGAAGUUGCCUGCAUAGUCACGUCGGGCGACCUGAACACGACUGUGAUAGAGGGUCCGAGCUUCAUCCUGCAAGCACCGGCUGCCGCUCUCGCCGGCAUGAGCGACAAAGUUCGAGCGAUGCAUUCGAACUCAGGAUUAAUUGACGAAGUAUAUCAGGCGACACUGUCAGCAGAAAGCGCCGAGUUAAAGAUUUUGGAGUUCUUAGAGGCAGUAGGUGUCGGACCGCAGGUCGCACCGCUCGCCGGAAACUCGGUUCACGUUGAUCGCCGCUUCCUCGCACGCUACAUGCCGAAACUGGACGCGUACCUCCACUAUCGAAUUAUAGAUGUUUCAACGGUAAAAGAGCUCUGCAGAAGGUGGUACCCGAACGUUUUUUCUCGAGCCCCAGCAAAGCAAGGCGCUCACCGUGCUCUGGACGAUAUUCGAGAGAGUAUAUCUGAACUGGUGUUCUAUCGUGAGAACGUCUUCCGGUUCCCGAAUGACACCGCAUAA